AUGUAAAUUACAAAAAUUGCAGAUUAUUCUUAUGAUUAUUAAUAUAUAAUAAACAUAAGAAUCAGUCUCAUGAACCUUGACGAUAUUAAUAAUUGGUAUAUAUAAACAUUAAAUCGCAGGAUCCUUGGUCAUAGUCAAAAUUACCCAGGGAACACCAAGAACUAUUGCAUCGUAUAAGCCACUUGUGGCAAAAGCUCAAUUUUUUAUAGUCAUUAAGCAAAUUCAGAAAAUAUUAAAGAGAAAAUUCUUAAUGGAAAUGUAAUACUACAAAUUGAUUUCCAAAGAGUGUCAAUAUGAAAGAGUUGGGGGCAUCUACAAUGGAGGUUAAUUCAGAUUAUGUUAAGCCACUUCAACAUUCAGGAUUUAAUAUGGCUUAAGAUUUGCCAAUUCAAAGAGCAGAGAGAAAGCAUGCUCAUCAGAUAAGGUAGUUCAUUGUUAUUAUAGAUCAAGCCAUGUUUUGUUCCUGAAAAUUCUUUUAAAUAUUUUUUGGCUCGUUAUCCUGGAAAGGAAGAAAUAACAAAGCCUUUGAGUGAACCUACAAUACAUCAAAAAAGGAUUUGGAAUGGACUUCUGCAAUGCUGGACCGAUUGCUGCAUCUUGGUAAGAAUGAUACUAACGAUUUCAGUUAUUUAGGUAAGGUUGUAGUUUAAUCUAUACGCAACUCAUUGAUAAAGGCCAUUUAUGAUCUAACUACAUUAGG